AUGACUGACUUCAUCAUCAUUGGUGGCGGGCUGAGUGGCUUACAGGCUGCUCAUGAUCUCCAAGAGGCGGGCAUUUCCUGUCUCAUUCUCGAAGCGCGAGAUAGGGUUGGUGGUAAACUGUGGUCUCUUCCUCUGGGCCCUGGGAAAGGAUAUGUUGAACUUGGAGGGGCCUGGACCAAUGAUGUGAAUCAACCCAAGGUUACUGCACUGGUUAAAAAGCUGGGGCUGGAGAUGGUGAAGCAGAAUAUUGUUGGUGACUGCAUCAUGGAAGAUCAUGGAAGGUUUCCCUAUGGGAGUGAUCCGCCACUCUCUCAAGAGGAGAAGGUAACAUUUGCCGAGAUCAGAAAUCGCGUCGAGGCUCUAUGCCACACCGUAAAAGCGACAGAGCUUGGCCAAUCUCUGACCAAACAUGGCCACAUGAGCAUGGACGAGUUUGUAGUUUCCAUGGGCGCCGGCGAUAUCGUGCGUCGCUUGGUUAACAUUUGGACUGCUGCAAUGCUGGGCGUCGAGUCGAACCAAGUCAGCGCCGUCUUCUUCUUGCACUACUGCCAAGCUGGAGGUGGCCUUAUCCAGAUGCGAUCAGACGGCCGAGGUGGUGGACAGAGUAUGCGUUUUCGACACGGGUCACAGUCACUGUGCCAUGGGCUUCGGCGUGGGCUCAAGCCAGACACGGUUAUAUGCUCAGCCCCUGUGCAAACGAUUGAGCAGGAUCUCAGCAAUGGAUGCUCAGUUACCACUCGAGACGGAAGACGUUUUCGCUCUGAACGCAUCAUCUCUACCGUUCCAAGCGUCUUCUUGAAUCAGAUAACUUUUUCACCGUCUUUAUCAGCAGAUAAAUGUUGGCUUAGCGCUCACAGCAAACUUGGAUUUUACGCAAAGGUAUUUCUCGUCUACUCAAAACCCUGGUGGCGUAAACUCGGUCUCUGUGGCCUGGCCCAAGGCUUCAGUGGCCCAGUGGCUCUGACAAGAGAUGCCUCGAGUGAUGAAGAUGGCCUGUUUGCCCUUAUAUGCUUCGUGGUAGGCCAAAAAGGUGCAGAAUGGGCACAACAAGAUGCGCACGAUCGCUUGACUGAAGUGAUUGACCAUGUGGAGCGUAUCUAUGGGGCAAAUAUUCCACGGCCGCUGGAGACGCGUGAACAGAUUUGGAACGAAGAAGAAUUUUCACAGGGAGCACCCUGUCCUGUGGUGCCCGCCUCUUGCUUGAGGAGCCUCAGUCAAGAUCAAUGGAGGCCGGAAGGCUACAUUCACUUCGCUGGAACAGAGACAAGCACCGUAUGGAAGGGAUAUAUGGAGGGAGCUCUGGUCUCCGGCAGCAGAGCUGCAAGAGAAAUUAUCGAUGUAUUGUCUACAAAUUAA